CAGACACAACAUUGGAGUCUUUGCAAACUUUGUUCAAAAACUACAACUAUUUGACACAAAACUGCGACAGCAAGCACAGAAACUUCAAACAAGUCACUGAAAGAAACCAAAUCCUGUGUGGAUCUUUCUCCUGACAGACGCCUAAAAUGGCUCGAGCUGUGGAAAAUCCACAUCUUAAGAGGUUUAACUCACAAAGCAGCUCAGAUGUCAGCAGUGACAGCAAGUACUGCUUCCAGGAUGUGGGGAUCUUACCGCCUCCUAAACGUAUGAGGCUGAUGACGUGGGAUCUUUCCCUGCCUCCAAGUCCUCCAUCAUCCCCUGUAAAUGAUGACAAUACUGAUCAAAAGUGUAUCAGCGGGCUGCCUUAUGAUGUUCCAUUGCCUCCGCGUCCUCCACCUUCUGAAAAGAAGUAUGCUUCCCUUCGUUCCCUUGAACACGAGAGGUCUUAUUUGAUGCCUCUCAGUGUCCUGGCUAAUAUUCCACUGCCUCCAAGUCCUCCACCAUCCCCUGUGUGUGCUGAAUACAUGAAUCCAAAGUGUGUCAGCCCUCUGCCUCAUGAGGUUCCACUCCCUCCAAGUCCUCCACCUGUUGAAGCAUUUGGUCCCUGUGGAAAGAAUCCAAGUUCAACAGUGUGGUCUGUAGGUGAUGAAGAGGAAGAGUUAAUGCUUAAGCUCAUUAGGCUGAUGCUUCAUGAUGUUCCACUGCCUCCAUGUCCUCCACCGUUUGAAAAGAAAUAUGCUUCACCUCAUUCUCUAAAACACAAGAGGUCUGAUUUGAUGCCUCUCAGCCUCCUGGCUAAUAUUCCACUGCUUCCAAGUCCUCCACCGUCCCCUGUGUUUGCUGAAUACAGUGAUUCAAGGUGUAUCAGCCCACUGCCUCAUGAGGUUCCACUGCCUCCAAGUCCUCCACCGUCCCCUGUGUUUUCUGAAUACAGUGAUUCAAGGUGUAUCAGCCCACUGCCUCAUGAGGUACCACUGCCUCCAAGUCCUCCACUGUCCCCUGUGUUUUCUGAAUACGGUGAUUCAAGGUGUAUCAGCCCACUGCCUCAUGAGGUACCACUGCCUCCAAGUCCUCCACCGUCCCCUGUGUUUUCUGAAUACAGUGAUUCAAGGUGUAUCAGCCCACUGCCUCAUGAGGUUCCACUGCCUCCAAGUCCUCCACCAUCCCCUGUGUUUUCUGAAUACACUGAUUCAAGGUGUAUCAGCCCACUGCCUCAUGAGGUUCCACUGCCACCAAGUCCUCCACCUGCUGAUGCCUUGCCUCAGUCAAAGGACACUCAUAAGGUCCUGCAUCCAGAUCUAAAAUAUGACCGUUCUUCCCUGGACGAUGAAGUGGCCUUUUUCAUGUGUCCCACAGAAAAGCCUCCUGGUGUAACCGCUCUUGAUGUUUCACCACGUCCACUUUAUGAAUUUCCACACCUUUCAGAGAAGAGAUGCCUCAACUUAUCUACUGUUGCUUUCCUUUGUCUGGAUGAUUAAAGAUGUGUUUGUUGUAAUAAAAUAAUUUUUGAGCAAA